AUGGAGUGCUGGCAGGAAGGGGGAACGUUUUGUUCUGUUUCGGCCGUAGCACCAGAUGGUGUGCGUAAAUGUUUACGUGUUCCUGACCCUCUACUGACCUUCAGCGGCCCAACCAUCCGCGAACAAUCACCGGCAUACUCUAUUCGUUCAAAUCCACCUCCACCAUCAUCCGUUCGUCGUCCGGCCACUAUUCUCACGACGUUGAAUAAUCCUAGGGAAGAGGUUCGAACAAGUGGGGCUAUGGAAGGAGGCAAGCUGAAUCGACUAGUGAGCAUGAAAGGCCAUUAA